GGGUCCCACCGUGGGAUGCCGGUCCCUGUCCCGGGAUGUGGGUCCCUGUCCCGGGGCUGUGGGGUCCCUGUCCCGUGGGUGCCGGUCCCUAUCCCGGCCUGUCGGGGUCCCCCCCGGGAUCCCGGUCCCCCCGGGGGCGGAGCGGUGCCGCUGCCACUGGGGGCCGGGCAGCGGGUCCCGCCCGCCGCCGGUGUCCGGUUACCGGUCCCGGGGCCGCAGGAGCCGCCGUCCCGCGGAACCGCCGCCCCCCGCGCCCACGCAGGUACCGGGCACCGGAGGUGCCAGCAGCCCCCCAGGAUGGCGGAGGCCCACCAGGCCGUGGCCUUCCAGUUCACGGUCACCCCCGAGGGCUUGGACUUCCACCUGAGCCGCGAGGCCGUGCGGCAGCUCUACCUCGCCGGCGUCUCCUCCUGGAAGAAGCGCUUGGUCCGCGCCAAGAACAGCUUCCUGACCGGCGUGUACCCCGCGUCCCCCUCCAGCUGGAUGGUGGUGGUCCUGGCCACCGCCGGCUCCUGCUACUGCCAGGUGGACCCGUCCCUGGGGCUCAUCGCCCGCAUCCGGCACUGCCUCCCCCACAGGUGA